GAGCAGCGCCAACCCGGCACCAUGCGCUCCAGGCUCCCGCGGACCGCCUGCCUAUUGCGACUCGCUGCGCUCUGCAUCCUCCUCUCGCACACUGCAGCUUAUUUUGGGCUGACUGGUCGGGAGCCCUUAGUGUUUCUACCUGGUCCGUUUUCAAAUGAAGCUCCGACGGGCAAGGCCCACCUGAAGCAGUGCGAGCAGAUGACCCUCACCCGGCGGCAGAAGAGGCUCUGUCGCCGGGAGCCCGGCCUGGCCGAGACGCUGCGGGACUCGGUGCGCCUCAGCCUCCUGGAGUGUCGCUACCAGUUCAGGAACGAGCGCUGGAACUGCAGCCUGGACGGCCGGGGGAGCCUUCUGAAGAGAGCGUUCAAGGAGACGGCCUUCCUGCUGGCCGUGUCCUCGGCGGCGCUGACCCACGCGCUCGCCAAAGCGUGCAGCUCGGGCCGGAUGGAGCGGUGCACGUGCGACGACUCCCCCGGCAUCCAGCACCGGGAAGCGUGGCAGUGGGGGGUCUGCGGCGACAACCUGAAAUACAGCACCAAGUUCCUCAAGAAGUUCCUCGGCCAAAAGAAGGUCAGCAAGGACCUGAGGGCGCAAGUCGACGCCCAGAACAUCAACGUGGGAAUCCGGGCGGUGAAGAGCGGUCUGAAGACCACCUGCAAGUGUCACGGCGUCUCCGGCUCCUGCGCCGUGCGGACCUGCUGGAAGCAGCUGUCUCCGUUCCACGACACGGGCCGGCUGCUGAAGUACCGGUACGACGCGGCGGUGCGAGUGCUGAGCGUCACCAACGCCGCCACCGGGGAGACGGAGCUGGCGGGCCCCCGGCGCCACGGCCAGAGCCUGCGCACCACCGACCUGGUCCACCGAGACUCGCCCAGCUUCUGCCGGCCGUCGCGCUACUCCCCGGGCACGGGCGGCCGGGCGUGCGCCAAGGACACCAGCUGCCAGAGCCUGUGCUGCGGCCGCGGCUACAACACGGCCGUGCGCCUCACCAGCCUGUCGUGCCACUGCCAGGUGCGCUGGUGCUGCCACGUGGAGUGCCAGACGUGCGUGAGGGAGGAGGAGGUGUACACCUGCAAAGAUGCGUAGCGGG